CUUCCGCUUAGAAGCCCCGGUCGGUCGGUCGGUCGGUCGGUCGGUGGCUUACGGGGGGAAAUCGUUUGUGUUUUAAUACAUUUACCGGGAACCAUCGGCAUGUAGCAGGCUGGUGUUCAGGCUGCAGGUAUUCUGUCAUGAAGAAGCGAGGCAACAAGGUGCUGAAGGAGGAGGAGGAGGAGGAGACCUUGUGCUGCUGCGAGUACGUGAACAGACAUGGCGAGCGCAGCCAUGUAGCCGCCUGUUGCUGUGACUGUGAGGACCUGGAUGAUGCAUGUGACAGGUUUUUCAAGAGGGAGGCUCAGAAACCUGAAUCCCUGUCGCAGGUGGCUGCAGUCGUCUCCGACCGCAUCCGUGUGCCGUGGCUGUGGGGCGGAGCCAGAAAACUGGAGUUGUCCAUCAUCCCUCCUCUUGUUCUCCUCCCCGCCUUGUUGCACCUGGCUGCUUUCCACUUCCUGCUGGGCCUGGUGGUUCUCACCGCCCUGCCCGGCCUGGUGCUGUGGUACUACUAUUUCACCCACCGCAAGAAGGGACAGACGCUCUUCUUCCUCAGCCUCGCCAUCUUCUCUUUGGGGUACAUGUACUACUUGUUCGUCACGGAGGUGUUUCCCCGCGGGGAUGUUGGACUGCGUCAGCUGGUGUUGGUAAGUGUAGGGGUCGUCCUCACCCUGCUCGCUCUCUUUCACACCAAGAAGAAGGGACCCGGCGUGGUGCGACCGAGCAAAGAGGACGUCCACAGCACGGUGACGUAUUACGGCCCCGUGCCGGACAGAGACACUUCCCUGAACGGGGGGAGGCAGGACGUGACUAUGACGGUAGCCAACCGGGCGGGGUCGCCGGAGCGGGCGGAGGCGGAGCUGAAGGAAAGCGGCCGAAGGAACUGGUGUCCGACGUGUAGGGUGGCGCGGCCCCCGAGGGCGGGACAUUGUCGGAUCUGUGGCGUCUGCGUGCCGCGUCUCGACCACCACUGUGUCUGGAUAAACAGCUGUGUGGGCCAAGCCAACCACCGCAGCUUCCUGCUCACACUGGUCCUCUUCCUGUCGACGUCGCUGUACGGCAUCAGCCUGGUGCUGCAGAGUGUUUGUCCGCAUCAAAACCUCCUCACCUCCUUAUUGUACUGCCCGGGGGUCUAUGACCAGUACAGCACUGCACUUUGUUUCACCUGCGCGUGGUACAGCAGCAUCGUGACCUGUGGGCUGCUCCACCUUCUCCUCGUACAGGCCGUUAAUGUGAGCUACAACGUCACCGAGCGCGAAGCGCGCGUCGCCCUGCGAGAGAAGACCGCCCGCAGCGCGUACUGGGGGCUCGUCGUGGACACCGGCGUCUACUCUCGGGGUUUCCGUGGCAACUGGUCUGAGUUCAUGACCAUGGGAGACAAACUGAACCCCCCCUCCCCUGCGGACCUGGUGUAACGGGCUGUUACGCAACCCCGUAGACUUCUGGCUACUCCUGUUCUGUUCGCGUCCACUGGAUGGCAGCAUGGCCCUCUGCUGUUUUCAGCAAACCUGAGAGCUGUCAGGAUUGUUCAGCUAUGCUCUGACGUGCAGCCGUGGAGUUGCACGAACUUUGACACUUGGCAAUAACAACUGCAAACUCCGGUAAGAUGCAUCCACUGCCAUUAACGUGAGUCACAACUGGAAUCUGCUCCGUCACACAUUUCCCUCACACUGGACGUCUUCCUUGUGACGUGAACACUGCCCUUAUGUCUCCUCUACAUCUUAGUGCCUUGGUGGAACAUGGCAAAAAAACAUGAACGGCAUUAAUGCCCAGUCGACUGAUUGGAACAUUU